CAGGUGAUGGUGGGGCAGUAAAAAGUGAGAAAUGAGCAGCGGCAGCAGUUUUCAGCUCCCAUCAGCCCUCAGUGGAGGCGUGGCCAGAGAUGAUGUUGACAGCAGAAGGGACUGACGGUCAUUGGUUGGUUCGUCAGGGAGGUGUCAGUCAAGACUCAGUGCUCCGCCAGCUGCUGGGGAAGGAGGCGUCAGACUCGCUGUGUCCCAGGGAGAGGCUGCCUCCUGCUGGGGGCCUGAGCAGAGAGGGCCCCGCCGGCCCUGGGGCCCCCGGGGCCCGCAGGACAGGGCUGGUGGAGAGGAGAGAGCUCAAACUAGCGAGACUCAAACAGAUCAUGCAGCGCUCUCUCAGCGAGUCUGAUUCGGAUGGUUAUCCCCCAGAGGAAGGUAAAAAUCAAGGAGCCCCGCCCUCAAACACUGUGCGCCCUGAUAGGCCAUCACACCUGCCAAUCACAGAGGAGGAGCCGGUGUCAAAUCACCUUAAUUCGAUGAUGAGGAAGCACCUCCCCUCCUCUUCCUCCUCCACAACUGAGAGGAAGCAGGCGUUUUCUCUCAGUGGUUCAAAGUCAGUGGACAGUAUCGGUUACAAUCCCUCCCCCACCUCCAGCGACCCCGAGGCCGCAGACGCCAAAACACCAGACGCUUCCGUCGACCUGCAGGACGCCGCCAACGGCCAGAAAGUCGCCACCAGCCCCAAGAGUGCACUGAAGUCCCCCUCGUCCCGCAGGAAGACGUCCCAGAACCUUAAACUGAGGGUGACCUUUGACGAGCAGGUCCACAAGAGCUCCACUCAGGAGGCGGAGCCAACCAAAGGGCAUCAUGGGAAGGAGAGGACUUCAACAGGAGGCUCUGAGAGCAAGCGGCCGUUUGGGGCGUUCCGCUCCAUCAUGGAGACGCUGAGUGGAAACACAAAUCACAACAACAACAACAACAGUGGUGGUCAGUCGGGCGCUUCCUCUCAGAACUCACCCGGCAGGAAGUCAGAGAGUAAGAGCGGCUCAGGAGGAGCGAGAGUGAAGAGCAGAACCAGCAACGUUUAACCAGCCGCUGCCUGGGGACGGCGCCGAGCACAGAGCCAAUCACAGACGAGAAAACAGACCGAGAGGCGGCGAACAUGAGAAACUUCAUCAGCACGUUCAAACAUCUUCGGUUCACCUGUGGCUGCAGUGAUGUCAUCGGUGAUGUCAUUAGUGAUGUCAAUAAUGAUGACAUCACCGAUGAUGACAUCACCAGUGAUGUUCUUUACCUCACACAGGUGAAAAGACGAGAAGUGAAACUGUCUCAGUUCAGAUUUAAAUCGAUGCUGUGACUGAAUCGCUGCAGAGCGACGGAGCAGAAGUUCAAACGAGCGACGGUUGUGUUUUUAUAAACAUUCAGUAUUAAUCAGCGGAAACGUUUCAUAUCACACUUUAUUUAGCUUCUUUCACAUUUGAGUAUCGGACUACAAACAUUCCCAGAGUUCAGUCUGCUAAAAGAAAACUUUAAUCUUUUCAUCAGCAGAUUAAAAGUGUCUCUGAGUCACGCUCAUGAUGAACCUAUGAAUUAUUAAUAUUUAUGUUGAUGCACCGUUAUAUGUUAUGUGAUUAUUUUAAUGUGGUUAUAAUCAUGCACGUUGUUUACGUGCACCAGCACAAAUACUUUUAAAACCACUGUAUAUGAACUCUAGUAGUAUUUAAUUUUUUGUACGUUAUAUUCCACACGUUUUUGUACGGUCAGUGUUUAUUAUCUAUGCAGUAUUUCCUGAAGUAGACGUUAGUCGUGUGAUGUGUGUUUCAGACGUGAAGGUAAAAGGAUGCACCUUUGACGGAGGCCGGACGACUCAGUCCAGAUGUUCAGUUGAGCUAAAAGUUCAAAAUACUGCAUUUCUUUGUUCACACUAAAAGUUAUGAUGGUUUCAUAAAAGGGUUUGUUUUAGAAACACUUCAUUUUCCAGGUCUGAGAAGUUUCUCAUAAUUUCCAGUUUCCUGGAGAAAAAAACGAAUUGAAGUGAGACACAGACGGUUGCUGGUGAAACUUUGAGUCGUGUGGACGUGAACGUGUCUAAUGUUUCCAGGAGCUUCUAAAGUUUAUAUUUGUUUUUAUUGUGAACAGGAGGUGAUUCAAUCCAUCAUGUUCACACAAAACAGUGAUAGAAUAAAACUGUGAUGUGUGUGAGCGCCCUCUGCUGGAUCACAAGGUAAAUUACUUCAGUCUGUUAAACUAAAAACUGUUGAACUGGUUAAAAUAUCAAGUUUCCCCCAAAAUUUAUAGAAAUAUAUAUAAAAAACUACUGAGUAAAUAUUUCUCAAAACCAACAGUUAAUUAAAAUCCCACCAUAACGUCGUCUCCAUGUUUCUGAUCAUUUCAACUAAAUUACAUUUGUUUUUUUGUCAGAAACUUUCUGGGAAAGUUGGUAAAAUACAGAAAGUAAAAGAAGGUUGGAACUUCUUCACACGCAGGAAAAGGUUUCGCCUGAAUCGUCUCAGAUCUUCGUCAUUGUUGGACAAUGUUUCUGUGUGUGUGUGUGUGUGUGUGUUGAUGAGAUUGUUUUUGAAAUGCAGUUUUAGUAGAAGAGUCGUCGUGGUAACAUCAGGACGAGGGAGGAGCUGGACGUCCGCAACGUGUCGGAUGAUGUUUACUCAAAAAAACAAAAUAUCAGUGAAUGUUGGAAAACUCUUUUUUUUAUUAACCUGUGUACAGAGACGGACGACUGAUUUUCAGUCCUGUAUUUAAACUAAAGACUGAAGACAAACUGAAAUAAACUGAUGUCUGGACUUCA